GAUAAGCCCACGCUCUUUUUUUCCGAAUCCCCAAGAACAACACCGUCAAUCCACCACUCCACUCUUCAUUGAAUUCUAUUUCUUUCUAGCAUUUCCCAUCUAAAGGACAUGUAAUUCAGUGAGUGAUGAAUGAUGGCGUCUGUCAAUGUAUCCGGAAAGCGACGUCGUCUUGACUACGCAGCUUCUACGCUUUCCAAGCCGUUCAAGUCUCCCCUCCGCAAGCCCGUAUCGGCAUCGGGGAACAAGGAAGAGGUGACAAUCAAGGAAGAGAACAACGCUGAUUCUUCUAAUACUGCUAUGGGGCAGAAUGUAGCAGAGGAAGAUACCAAGCAGAACCUUGUGCCCGCCACACCCAUCUCUUCGGGCCCUGUCACCGGGAAUCUUAAAUCAACUUCGCCCAUGACGAACUUGCAAACCCGCAAGAGGAAAACCCAUGAUACCCAGACUCCUACCAAGAAGGCUAUAUUCACAGACCCUAUCACGUUUGAUCUCCAAAAACAACAGAGAGCUUUGCAAUCGCGUCUCUCCGCCCUACGUUCUGAGCUCAACACCGUGGAGCAAGCACUUCGGAUCGAGUCCUCAACAAAGGAUGUAGAGUUGGAAGACCUGAUUACAAAAUGGAGAUGUGUCAGUCAGAAUGCAGCUGAGGAGGUCUUUGCUGGGGCACAGGAACGGGUCUCCCGGAUGGGUGGCAUGGCAGUCUGGAGAGACCGGAUGAAUCGUAACAACAGCAGGUGGGACCAAGAUGAGAUGCAAUCCUGGUAUGGCAAUGAACGGGCAGCAAGUGGUGAGGUGGAUGAAGAUGAGUUGGAGAGUCGAAAAGUUGAGUUGCUGGAUCAACUCGAUGUUCGCCAGGAGUCUGAGGAGAUUAAGGACGAGGGAUCAGAAGACGAGGUAGGUUUGACCUUGAGACUAACUGACAAGACUGCUAAUGUUUUCUUUUCUUUAUACAGGAUUUUACGAUGGAUAUGAUGCUGAAAACGCUUAAUAUUGACCUUAAUAUAAUCGGAUAUGACAAAAGUGGCCAAAGAUGGGUCAAGAACUGAUCGGUUGCCCCCGAUCAGCCACAUAUUCAAGAUGAUUGAAUGACAUUCGAACUGUAUAUUACUUUGCUUUUUUAUUUUGUUAACCUUCGCCCUGGCUUAUGUUCUCUGGUUGAUCUUCGCAGGGCAUGAUUUGCAGGAUGCCAAACCAACGGCCCGGGAACCAUUCGAAUGACA